CACCUUUCUUUCAGUGCGUUACUUCCCUCUUCCUCGUCUUUGACAGACCCUCCUCAUCAAUGGCAAGCGACCAGAACAAUUCUCAACUAUUUGCCAACCCCGAAAAUGUCCUGCAGCGCAAUGGGCACUGCAUUCCGCCGUUCUAUCCUGAUAGAAUCCACGCAUCUUGCGCCAUGGAAGAGCUUCGACUAUACAUCGUCAAAAAAGGCAUCAAGCCCGGCGUUUACACUUCCUGGGAGUCUUGCCAGGAGCAAAUUGACACAUAUCGCUUCCGGCCUGAAUUCUACCGACGCAAUGAUUGGAAUGCAUGCAUCGAGACAUGGCAGAAGGACUGCCACCCUGGACCCCACUCCCAUCCGCCACCUGUCCCCCUGCUCAACAGCUAUGCAAGAUGGAAUAAUUGGGCAGCCAGGAAGCGGGGUGUAUGUCAACAUCGUACUAUGUCUUCAGAGCCAGAUGUACCUCACACCCCGGAUGCUGCACCUUCCAACACCACUCUUCCGCCGGUGGAAAUCACACGGCCUUCGACUCCAGAUGCCAAUCCACAGGCUCCAUCCUCCCCCUCUCCGGGUCAUACUGGCUUGAGCACUCCAGGUGCUAGCAGCAGUAGCUCCGUCGCCAGCAGCUCUAAGACCGGGAAAGAGGAUUUUUGUGUGGUUGGCUGCAUGGCUACAUGGUCGUGUGGAACAUGGCUGUGUGGUCGUCAGCGUGGUUGACACAUCAUAGGUACAAUCAAAUGUCCAUAGAACAUGGCCUCGAC